GAUGCAAAAUGGUGGUACAUAGGGUGACGCUCUAAGGAAAGUGAAGUGUUCUGUGUUGUGUAAUCAGUGAACUAAUUGACAAUCAAUAUGUAUUACCAGACUUUAGUGCUGUGCUGCGUGGCCCUAGCCUCGGCCAACGAAUACCAGGACGCUUUGAAAAAACUUUGGAGUAAAAACAGUGAUUCGCAAAUCGAUGUCACCAGUGCUUCAAUAGUUAUUAAACCUUCCAGUUUCGAGACGAGGGAUGCAAGAAUCCCUUACACAUACAAGCGGUAUGCCUUCAAGCCUCGCGCUAUUCCUCUAAGGACUGAAGCGCCCCAAGUGGAAAGAAAUGUGUAUUACGCCGAUGUCAAGAAUAAAAGCAAUAUACUUUUCCCUGGUAAUUAUAUCCCAAUUGCCAAAGAGAAAAGUAAUUUGACGGAUGAUGGCCAGUUCCAAGUUAGAGCAAUACCCUUGAUCAGGAGAGAUGAGUUCGAGAGGCGGUCGUUGGAUGUCGAGGAACCGAUCAUUGAGAAGCCUGAGGGAUUCUCAGAGGCGACCAUCUCAAGGAGAUCACUAUCUUACAUAAUGGGUGAGGAUGAAGAUGAAGAGGACGAAUUCGAGGAUGAUGAUGAUGGAGAUUUUGAAGAAGAAGACGUCGGCAGCAUCAAAGGGCAAGAAGAAGAAAGACAUAAAAACAAGAGAAAGAAGAAGCUCAAGCCUAAAAAGCUGAAAAAAUACAUGCUACCACUACUAUUGGCGUACAAGAUGAAAUAUUUUGCUUUAGUACCAGUGAUGAUUGCAGGACUGGUCCUUUUGAUAGGAGCUACUGGUCUAGCAGGAUUCUUCUUUGCAUUAUUUGCAGCAGUCAUGGGAUUACAGAAGGGAGGAUAUUAGACAAAAGACCAAUGACACCGGCUUCGAAUCUGGAAACAACGAAAACGAAUGAAAACCGAUUGAGAUUCCACAACAAAAUUCUACUAACAGGGUUGUAAUUUUUUUGGAGUUGAAUCUCAAAUUAUCGACCUCGAAGAAGGUGUAAGAGAUAUUAAUGGAGUAAAGAAAGGAUCAGUUUUUGAAGUCGGUUGUAAUUAAAAUAAAGUCGACGACUCGCAGUUGCCAUUCAGUCUAAGUAAGCAUUCAUCUGGAAUCCAUCCCUGCUAGUCUGAUGUCGAAAACAAAGAAAAUCCACCGAUAGUUAAUUGGCAGAUUUUUCUGUUCCCUAUAAUUUUCCUGUUUUUCGUACAAAACUUGGACUAUUGAAUUUCUGUAUUUAAUUUUUUAAUACAUAUUCUGUUAAGGCUCGCGCAAUGUAAAUAUAGUUAAGUGGUAGUAUUAAGUUAUUUAUUUAUUUAUUGUUAGUACGAAUAGAUAAUGUAGUUACCAAUUAUAACGUAGACGAAUGUAUCGCUAACAAUGAUAAUAUAAUUAUACGCAAGUGCUUUGAUG